AUGCCCAAAGCUAUAAAACAACAACCUUCAAAACUAGACUUGGUAGAUGAUACUACACUAACUUCCUUACCGUUUCCACCGCCACCUCCAAUUAAAAGACCAUCUUCGGAAAGAGAUCGACGACUGAAUGCGCUCCUUGAUUCUAACCCAUCGAGGCACACGGAUCAAACGGAAACGGAAUACGUUGGUGAUUUAGAUUUUCAAAAUAUUGGAGAGGAGGUGGAGGAUGAGGAUGAGUCUCUAUAUGAAUAUUCGUACGAAGAAGAGGACCCGAUAGUCUUGGUUGAAGAUUAUUACACGGCAGCACCUGCAUCUUCUUUAUCUCACAGGACAUUGACAUCACGUUCCAACUCAGAUCAUCAUCUACUACGCCAACAAUCGCUUGCCAAUUUUAAGAAGAGAGUUUUAUCUUCCAGCUCAAAUAAUUCUACCGAUACCAUAAUCAUACAGCCUGAGCAAAAUGUAACAACUAAUCCAAAUACGAUAUCACCUUCAUCAUCAUCAAUAAUUGCACAUAAACAGCCGCGACACCACUCAGAUGAUCUCCAAGCCAUAUUUGGUGACUUGCCAUCUUUCCAUCUUCUCAAACAUUGUGAUCUAUGUGAUAAACCACUUUAUGAAAUUUCCUCAAUUAUCAAUUCCAAAUCCAACUUAAAUUUGAAAGAGUUUGUUUGUGGCGAUUGCAUUUCAAGUUAUGAAAUAUUCAUGACCGAGUUUAUUCAAGAACAACAAUCAAAGAGAAUGAAGGAGGAGUCGGAUGUAACUAAGGAGCCAGCAUCAAAAAAAAUAAAGAACACCAAGUUCUGGCACGUGUUAAAUCACAUUUCGACAAAGUACAAUGUGAGAAGAGAGGUUUGUAUGAGAGAAAGAUCUACAGUUAAUUGA